AUGCUCACUCCCAUUCGUGUACGAGGAAAAAGAAAACACAAUGACUCAAAAAGGCCAAGAAUCGUCCCCAUCUCAAAUCCGAAAGAUCGAAUCGGAAGAUGGAAGAUUCCUUCCCUCAUGACCUCGUCUGCCACCUCUUCGGCGGGUACGCCCGGAGGCCCGUCAUCUCAAGAAAUUUCUGAUUCUCAACGGAUCGCUGAUGGCGCUCGGCCACGGAAACGCAGACGCAAAAUUCGAAUCUCGCCACUGGAAUCAUUGCCGCCUGAAAUAUUGCAGCUUAUCUUCUUCUACGCUAUGAACCUGGACCUUCCGCUUGCCUCGCCGCGGUUGGCCUCGUUGCUUUCUUCCGAACAUGUCUACACUAAACUUUGUUUAUCUGUCUUUCGCGGUUGCUGGGACGAGCCCCAAGACGUUCCCGGUGAUGAGCUGGGCCAGUUGCAGUCUCGCAUUCUCGAGUGUCGUUGGCUGACGCUCGAAUUGCUAAGGAAAUGUGAGCGAAAAUAUUACUCCUUUCUUCUCGAAAACAAGAAGCAACAACUAGGUAUUCAGGGCGAAGGUGAGCAAGAAGCUUUGGACGCACAUCUGAGCAUGCAUCCGCCACGAGUUCCCUGGAUUGAUUGCGGUAUCACUGUCGACGAAUAUAGAUACUUAUGGCCAAUUAUCGCCUGGGAGAAUUUCAGUCUUCCGGAACGUCUUUUGCGUGGGCCUUGGGCCCAAGAGAAAGUUAUACUUCUCUAUAAGCUCUGCUUGGGAGGUGCUUACAUCGACUGGAAAGAUUCUAACAGAGGAGAGUUCAUCUCUCAAGGUCUCAUUGAGGCAAUCCAAGAAGGGAACGCAACAGCUGUAAGGGUUAUCACCCUUUUGAUGCCCGUCCUUGGUGAUGGCGCGACGGAUAUGUUAAAGCAGGCUGUGAUCGAGUCGGACUGUAACCGCGAGGUCGUUAAAGCCUUGAUCGCAGCUGACCAAUCUUCGAGCCUGCCCUGCAUCCAGUGGGGAGAUGCCGAUUUAUGGCGAUGGGCUACAGCCCGACGUGACGAGGGCGUUGAGAAAGGCUUCUGGCUACUCGAUAUACUGCGACGAGGAAUGUUUGAAGAUGAACUUCAUAUUGAUUGA